GCGCCGCAGCACCGUGGUAGCGCGCACCUUGAUCACGUUCGCCCGCAGCACCAGGCCGGGCUUGACGUCGCUCAUGGUUCGUUUGGGGCUGCCCUGGCGGCUCGUGGGGAUGCUGUUGACCGAGGUGGUGCUGCUGUUUGCCGUGUUGUACUUGAGCCGGUGCGGCAGCAAGAGUUUCGACGUGAAAGCGGGUCGAGGCAUGCUGGACUUGGUUGACGUCGCCGCCGCUGCUAAUGCGGUUCGCCUGCUGUGCAGCGCCGUGUCUGCCGUCCAAACGAACACUGCCCCAAACACUGCCCCAAACGUGCCUCGGUGCUGGGGACCACGCUCCUGAAGUUGACGUAGCUGUGGAUCGCAAUUACCCUGGCACCGCUCGCUGUACCUUGGAACAGCCAGCCGGUCCUGCCCCUUUCGUGGCUGUUCUUGCACGCUGUGUAUCAAACGGGGCCAAGAUGCCCAGUGGAGCUUGUUGCGCGCCGCGGAUUGGCGAGUGUGUAGCGUCUGCUUGUGAAGAUGCAGAAGGCGAUACGUGUGCGUUCUGGGGAACGUGGAAUGUCGAACCUCGAACCGCACUCCGCAAGGGGCAUACAGGCAGUAAAUAGGAACAGGUCCACGGGUACGGGGCCAGGCCCAGCUCGCUACAUGUG